AUGAGCGAUCUGCCCAUAUUGAAGCACAAGAAGGAAAUUAAAAAAUGCAUAAAGAGGAAUAGGCUAAUAAUUAUUAAGGGGGAGACGGGAUGCGGGAAGACAACCCAGGUGCCCCAAAUAAUAAACAGGUACUUUCUUGAUAAAAGGAGGAGGAGUGCAGGUAGUAAUGGCGGGGGUAAUAAUGAAGCAGUCUGCAAGGAUGACCAUUCAGCCGGGUCAUCGAAGGAGAAGAAAGCUCCUAUGCGGAUGUUGAUCUCCCUCCCCAGGAGAGUUGCAACCAUUACCGUAGCGGAGAGAGUGGCCAAAGAAAUGGAUAGAGGACAGAUAGGAACUUACGUCGGGUAUGCUAUCAGAUUUAAAAAUGUAACGUCCGACCAAACGAGAAUAAAAUUUGUAACCGAUGGAAUCCUCAUAAGGGAAAUCAUGAAUGACCCGUUGUUAAAAAAAUAUACUUUUUUAGUAUUAGAUGAAGUACACGAACGGUCCAUUAGGACGGAUGUCCUGUUGGGUUACGUCAGAACAUUAAUGGAGAAGAGGAAGAAACUGAGGAUCAUCCUCAUGUCUGCCACAUUAGAUGUGGAUACGUUUAAAAACUUCUUUUCCGACCCACCAAUCAUUUCCAUCCCGCAUAAGUUGCAUCCCGUUAGCAUUUUCUACCCGAUAAAACCUGUUGAAGAUUACCUCAUUUCGGUUGUGUGCACCGUUUUGCAAAUACACUUCGGGCAGGGCGAUCAACAAAAUGUGCGGGCGGAUGACCAGCUGGGGGAACCCCUAACGGAGGUGCCAACCGAACUGACCAACAAAGGGACGACCAAUCCUCAGACCGAUGCUGCCCCCCCCAUUGGAGACGUGCUUGUCUUUCUGCCCGGCCAGGAAGAAAUCGAAGCAGUAAACUUAAUGCUGAAAGAAAAGCUGAAGAUCAUUUACAAAGGCUCCCUGCUCAGGAAGCUCAUUCAGAACGAUCAGGGGGGCGAGGAAGAAGGGGAAGUGUUCGACAGAAUUAAUGUUGCCCUGAAUGCAAAUAACCCAAUGGAGGAUGGUAUAUGUUUCCACUUCGGCCACAGGGAAGUCGUUCCAGAUAAGAUAUACGCCAUGAAGAUUCUGCAGCUCUACUCAUCCCUCCCUAAUAGGAAGCAGCGGGUCGUCUUCGAGCCCGCCCCACCCAACACGAGAAAGGUCAUCCUCAGCACGAAUAUCGCUGAGACGUCAGUUACCAUCCCAAAUAUAAAAUACGUGGUGGACAGCGGGCGUGUGAAAAUAAAAUUCUUCGAUGCGAAAAAGGGGAGCAGCGUUUUGAAGGUCACGCAAAUAUCCAAGGAUGCCGCUAUUCAGAGAAGUGGAAGAGCUGGACGGGAGGCACCUGGACAGGUCUACAGGGUGUACUCCAAGGAGGAGUACGAAAACAUGAACCCGUUUUUAAUUCCCGAGAUUUUUCGCUCUGAUCUCACGCAGAUAUAUUUGGAGUUGAAGGCGAUGAACAUCCCCAACCCGCUCCAGUUUAACUUCCCGGAGAACCCCAAAAAGGAGCUACUCCUCCACUCCGCCAAAGUCCUCUUCCGGAUCAACGCAAUCGACGUAGACAACAACCUGACGGAGGUUGGGAAAAAGAUGUGUCUCCUUCCACUGAACCCAAUCUAUGCAAACAUGAUGCUCUGCUCCGUGGAGUUCCACUGCAUGGACGAAGUGGCUACCAUCGUGGCGUUCCUAAACUGUGAGAGCAUAUUCUUGAAUUAUAAUUUUUACGAGGAUUUCAAAGUUAUGAAUGAGGACUCGGCGGGAGGAUCUGUUGCACGUUCGACCAGAGGAGAGGACAACAAGGAUGACAAGAAGGACCAGGUUGACAAGGACGAUCAGGUCGACGCCACCGAAGAGGACCCCCCCAUGAACGACAAGAGCAAACUCAUUAACAUGGCGCGCAGGAAGCUGCUGCACCCGGAUGGAGACCACCUAACCCUCCUGCACAUCUUCUACCUGUGGGAGGAGGAAGCCACCCCGAACGAGCGAAAAGAUUUUUGCAACUUAUAUGCCCUCAACAACGAAACAUUACAACAAGUACAAAAAAUAAAGGAACAAAUUUUACAAAUAAUGACCAGCAAAAUGGGGACCAAAAUAUCACCAAAGCUACAUAUGCAUAAAUGGGAUCAAGUACUAAUUUGUCUCUGCAAAUCCUGUUUUUUUAAUGUGGCCAGAGCGACCUCAAAUGCUAAUGAGUUUAUGAAUGUGGUAACAAAAAGCAAGUUGUAUAUUCACCCGUCGUCUACUCUUUUUAGUUCGCACAUUAAGGCAUCCUUCAUUUUUUACUCGGACGUCGUGCAGACGAAGAGACUGUAUGCACGCACUGUGACGAAGGUAGACGGAGAUUGGCUGCUAAAGUACGCCUCGCAAAAUUUCCAACUUGCGCAGGUCUCCACGGGGUAG